CCAGAGUCCUGUAGACAGUGUCUCAAGGUGCCUCAAGGUGCGCGAGUGCUGGUCCCAGAAGUACCGGUGUGUGGGAGUGCGACGUGGGACUACUGUGGGAGUGCGACUCGGUACUACUGUGGGAGUGAGCGUCCGGGGUGUAUGCAAUCAUGACUAUUAGACCGAUUUUCUCCGGCUAUCCUUUCCAGGCUGGUGGUGUGUGUACAGGUCAGGGGCGCGUCAACCAGCUGGGCGGCGUGUUCAUCAACGGCCGGCCACUGCCCAACCACAUCCGCCUCAAGAUCGUGGAAAUGGCGGCGGCGGGCGUUCGUCCGUGCGUCAUCUCCCGCCAGCUGCGUGUCUCCCACGGCUGCGUCUCCAAGAUCCUCAACCGCUACCAGGAGACCGGCUCCAUCCGGCCAGGCGUCAUCGGCGGCUCCAAGCCCAAGGUAACCACCCCAGAUAUUGAGAAGCGCAUUGAUGACUACAAGAAGGAUAAUCCCGGCGUCUUCUCGUGGGAGAUCAGAGACAGACUCAUCAAGGAGGGCGUGGUGGACAAGGUGUCAGCGCCCUCAGUCAGCUCCAUCAGCAGGAUCUUGAGGGGCGGGAAGAGAGACGACGACCCCCGUAAGGACCACAGUAUUGACGGCAUUCUUGGUGGGGGCGCCAGCGACGAGAGUGACAUCGAGAGCGAGCCCGGCAUACCACUCAAGCGGAAGCAGCGACGGUCGAGGACGACCUUCACCGCCGAGCAGCUGGAGGUGCUGGAGCGCUCCUUCGAAAAGACUCAAUACCCCGACGUCUACACCAGGGAGGAGCUGGCGCAGAAGGCCAAGCUGACGGAGGCGCGGGUGCAAGUGUGGUUUAGCAACCGCCGCGCGCGGCUGCGGAAGCAUUUGAGCAGCCAGCAGUUAGCGGGGCUGUCUUCUGGCAUGCCGCCCGCGGCGGCCAUGCCCACGGCCGCAGCCGCAUCCUCUUACAUGAACCAGUACGCCCCUCCCGCAGGCGACCACUCCGCCGCGGCUGCCGCAGCCGUCGCCUACCACUCGUCCAGCGCCUGGCAGAGUUCUGGCGGGUACGACUACGCCAGCGCCACCGCGUUCGGUACAGACAACUCCCAUGCCCUCAUGUCGUCUCCCAUGGCUGCCAUGACGUACCCCGUCACCUCCAUGCCCACUAUGACGGCCUCCAUGCCCACUAUGACGGCCUCCACCUCCACUGCCUCCACUGACAGCGGGUGGAGUGGAGUCAAGACCAUGGCGUCGCCACACAUGGGCGGGUGGAACACUGGGUUCUCCACCCUGGGUGGAGAGCAGCUGGGUGGCCUACUGGGCGGCCAGGGGUACAAUAUGGGGCAUGCCUUGCCCACACAGUGCCCCACUAUGGGGGAUAAGACCCAUGCGCCGCCCACCGCCGCCCCAGCUUAUCCCGCCUAUUUCCCACAGUUUACUGACCCAUCUAACCUCAUGUGUGGGCGGGUUCACUAGUCCUCUCCCGCCCACGCCCACACCGUCACCCCACGCCCAUACCGUCACCACACGCCCACGCCGUCACCCCACGCCCACACCGUCACCCACUGCCCCAUGUGUCAGCUACUAUCUAUGGGUGACAAACUGCUACAUCACCACCACCAUCACCAGCAUCACCACCACCACCACCAGCAUCACCAUCACCACAACCACCAUCACCA